CCCACUCAUGCACGAAUAAUGCCCUCCUCCGACUACUCCUCCGCCAUAGGCGGUGGGCUCAAGCUCAAAGGCUCCUCAUCCGGAAUCGACAAAUCGAAAAAGAAAAAGAAGAAAUCCUCAAAACCCAACACCGAAGCAGACAACAACGAGAAGACAGCAACCAAAGACUCCGAAACCUCACAAUCCGCCCUCCAAAAAGCCCUCGCAGACACCGACGAUACCUCCAAAUCCCCCGACGCGACAGAAAUCACCACGUACGGUAAGACGGAAGCGCAACGGAGAUAUGAAGAGCGGAGGAAGAAAAGACUCGAGGAACGACUCCAACGCGAAGGCGUCAAAACGCACAAAGAGCGCGUGCAAGAAUUGAACAAAUACCUCUCGACACUCUCCGAGCACAACGACAUGCCACGAAUCGGACCGGGCUAAGACGAAUGAUGGGACCAAGAAAGAGGAGAAUGCGAUCAUCGUGGGUUAGUACGUGUUGGAAAUGGCAGCAGGUAAAAGAGAUACGCUCAAAGAGGCAAUGCUGCAGGACGUACGCGAAAGCGAGACAAAGUUGGUAUUCGAAUGCUCAGGCACUGGACCUACACGUAUGUGCUGAGAUGACGAGGAGCUCAGACACGCAUGGUGGAGAAGGAACAUGCUCACCACCUGGAAAACCCCCGGCAGUCCGCAUCACAGCACUCGUGGACGUUUCCCGAGCAACACUCCUCUGGUCAACGUGCCACUUUCACCAGAGAAAUGCCGCCAUGCACGCGACAGCUCACAUUAGCUCACAGAACGCGGGAACGAGAAGAUUAUUGGCAAGCUCAGCGGGUCCAUCAAGCAGAUAUGUACGUUGCCCUUUUCAUCACAACCGCGCAUCGCUCAUUACAACCUCGAACCCAGGAA